AUGGCCGAAGCGAUUGGUCUCGCGACAAGCGUUAUCGCCGUUGCCGAGGUCACAGGCAAGGCCAUAGGUCUGACUCUCAAAAUCAAAUCGCUCUGGUGCGAAGUCAAGAACGUCCCAGCCACUCUUCUAGAAAAGGCUGAAGAACUUCAAGAUCUAGACGACUAUCUCAAAGAUGCCAAAACUCAGACUGCGAGCAGUCCUGUAUCUAAGUCGGUCGUCGACGAUGAGAUUAUGCAGAAGUCGCUCCGGCGAGCCCGCGGCGCAUUGGCAGAUAUACAGAACACCAUCGAUGACCUCAGUCUUCAGAUGUCUGAUCCGCGGAAGCAUCGACGCAAAUUGACUGCUGCAAAAUUUGUCUUGCAGAAAGAUACAAUAGAAGACAUGGAACGAAAGCUCGAUCGAGCUUUGGAACUUUUCAAGGUGGCUCAAGGAAUCUAUUGCACGUGA